AUGGUGAAGUCUUCGGGCCGGUUCCGCAACCGCAAGCUCGGCUUCAAGUCACGCAUCUCGAUCGUGCUCGGCGUCGACCACUUUGAUGAGGACCCGCUCGAGGACCUCGACUUCGAAGAAGACCCCAAAGGCAAAUCGGUCGAGACUGGUGUCGACAAGGAUGAGGAAGGGGAAGUGCAUCUCCAAGCCGUGAUCGCUGCCUCGGCCGCUGCCGCCGCCGCAUCAACUGCGAAUAGCAACGCCGCAACACCGGGAGGUGCCAGUUCGUCGAAUUCGAGUUCGAGUGGGAGGGCAAUCAAAGACGAUCAGGACGUGAACAAAGGCGGGAGAGGGGACAAGUCCGAAGCGCAAAAGGACAACAAGGCCUACAUUCCGACGCCCGAUGCCCAUGGUGCGAUCGACAAUGAACUCUUUUAUCAGCUCUACCCGAAGGGUUGGAACGAUCCCAUGACUUAUAUACGCUUCUCUGACACGGUUGAGGACACGACCAAGGGCGCGACCAACUAUACGAUGGAUGAGGACGACGAGGACUGGCUGGAGGCCUACAACAAACGUGUCGGUCUCACGGCUCGAUCCGAAUUGACCGACGACCCGGCCUCGGCCUCGACACCGAGUUCGCGACGAAAAGGCAAGGACAAGGCCAAGGUCGAGGACUCGAAGGACGAUGCUACAGCAGCGACGACCAUCUCGGAAGACGAUUUCGAGCGCGUCAUGGAGCUUCUCGAGCAACUGGCGGAUCAGAAGGCACCGAUGGCCCAUGUCGAUCCGUCCUUCUUACCGUCCGUCGCUGACAUGGAACUGCACAUCUCCGAAUCGACUGAAUUCGCCCAACUUGAACCUCUUGCUUGCCCGAUCUAUCCGCAUUGGAAGCACCGACGUUUGGCCCGCAACGGCAAAGCCAUCAUCCCUCAGCUCGACUACGACGAAUCCAACGAGAACAACCCCUACGUCUGUUUCCGGCGUCGCGAGCUCAAGUCGUCGCGCAAGACGCGCCGCUCGGAUGCGCAAAACAUCGAGCGCUUAACGAGACUGAGGAACGAUCUCUUUGCUGCGCAUGCGCUGAUGCUCAAGGUCAGGGAACGUGAGCGGCUCAAAUUGGAGGCGAUCGAAGUAGAACGCAAGGUGUUUGAGGUGCGCGUUGAGACGAGGGAAUUGAAACGACGGCUGGGUGAAGGGGAUGGCGACGAAGAGUUACUCGUUGGUCGACGGGACAAGAAGCGGAGAAAGGAGGAGCUUGCUGCGGCGAAUGCGUACGUCUCGGGUCGGGUCAGACUAAAGGGGAGUAUUCGUCGUUGUUACUAACCAUAUUCCCGGCAUCAUGUCUUUGAUCCUCACAGUGCCGGGACUCUACGCUUGUCCUUGCGGAAACCCGAUCCUUCAAACCUAAAUCAUGCCCUGCUCGUCACCUCCGCCGAAGAUCUCAAAGCUCGGAAAGACCGAGCGGUCGCCAUCACAGCACGAAUGGAGCGGGACCUGCAGAACAAGCGAGAAGCCGAUUCUGCCUGGGACGACCACACGGAUGGCGCUUACGUGCCUCGGGCACCGGCCACUCCGGCACGGUACUGGCGAGCAGUCGAAAGCGUGCAAGGUUCCACCGCUGGUCUGCCAGCGUCGCAAUCGAACGUCAAUAAAGUCGAGACGCUGGGCUUUGCGACGCAGUACCAACCUUCCAUGGGCCGUGUGCGCACGUCCUUUCGGAGACGGGUCGGUCGGGGUGGUCGUGUCAUGUUGGAUCGAAUCGCUCCAACAGUUCGUGCGGCAAGCCUUCGAUCGGCCAACUCGGUCCACAAACCAUUGACGAUCAAGUUGACGUUCGAGUCCGAUGUGAGCGAUGUCGACGACGAGAUGGACGAGGUCGAAGAGGAUGCCGAUCUGAGAGAGGCUCGACUGGCGCGACAAGCCGAGAGGUUCAGGUACGAUUCGGACGCCCAUCACGACUUCGCUUGCGCCGACGAGCCAGUCGUGUUGGACGAUUUUGAUCUACGACACGUAGUGAAACGAACGGGCUUGCUCAAACCCGACGACCUCGCUUCGCUGACGCUCGACACGUCGUACCUUGAGCAAGCAUAUCAGUGGGCCGCAACCGAUCCUGACAAGCAUGCCCCGCCGCCUCAGACCUUUGGCCGACCUCCUCCUCGGCCUCCCCUCUCGCAGCCCCAAAACUCGGCUGGACUGGCGAUGCAGCUCGGUGCCGCGAAUGGGGGCCAACCGUUCAAUGCGGUGCAAAUGGCGGCUGCUCAGGCUCUCCGUGCGGCGCAGCAGCAGGUGCAACUCAAGCGACAGCAACAGGUCGCCGAUUCUAACAGUGCGAUGCGCCGAACGCCCUCGUCAGGAAACAAUGCUUCCAAUUUGGGUCCGAACGGGGUCCCUCAAGGGGGUCAAGCGAUGCAGGUGAAUUGGAACACUGCCGACGCGACUAAACUGGCCGCAGCAGCCGCAGCCUCGGGCCUCGUCCUCCCACCUGGCUUUCCCCAAGUCCAGCAGAACGGGAUGCAGCAACAGGCAUUCGCGCAGCAACAGCAGCAGCAGCAACGUAUAGCAAAUGGGCUCUUGAACGGCGCGAAUGGGAUCAACGCAAAUAACUUGCCGACGUCUCGGGCGCCGCUGUCGAACCUCCAGUUGGCGCUGCAAGCUCAACAACAACUCGUUGCCGCGCAAUCCGCUGCAGGUGGGGGUGGACAGUCACCAAUUUCGAUGGGCGUUGCGGGUUUGAACCCGAACUCGAGGCCCAAUUCGGCCGCGUCUCAACACCUGCUUCAAAGCCCGUCGUCGUUCCUGAACCAGGGCCUUCCGUCUCCCAAUGGAAGUGUCGUCCGAGUUUCGAGUCCGGCCGCCCACCAAUACGCUCAACAGCUGGGGCUUAAAUUGUCGCAACAACAGUUGAUCCCUUCGUUACCGGCUUCGGCAGCGUCUCAGAGCUCAUUCACGGGCUUCGCAACCUGA